AUGAGUUUUAUCACCAAAUGGAGACGCAGCGGGAAGAAAGAUGACGGAAAGACGGAUACUCAGAAGGCACAGGACAUCCCUGACAGCCCCAACUCCCUAAACCAGUUGUCCGUCAUCAACAGUCCAGACCUGGAUCCCAUCCUCACAGACUUCAGGUUACAGCUGCCGAACAACAAUGAUGCUCCGGAACCUACAAAUCCAUCUAAUGGGGGCUCGAGGUCGGACCUGUCUCUGGCUCUGGAGGAUUGUACAGCCGCCUUGGACCUGUUUCUCAGAAAUGAGUUUGAGGAGGCGCAGACCCGGCUCAGAAGCAGAACCAAAGACAGCAUGUACCACGCUCUGACCUACGCCACGAUCCUAGAGAUGCAGGCCAUGAUGACCUUUGACCCCCAACACAUCCUGACAGCAGGAAACACCAUGAAGGAGGCCCAGGCUAUCUGUCAGCGGCAACGCAAGAAGUCGAGCUUCUCCAAAACCUUUACGGAAGAGGAACUCCAUGCUGAAGUGUGCUACGCCGAGUGUCUCCUGCAGAGGGCAGCACUCACUUUCCUACAGGAUGAAAACAUGAUCAGUUUCAUUAAAGGAGGAAUCAAAGUGAGGAACAGCUACCAGACAUACAAAGAGCUUCACACAGUCCUCCAGUCCCCUGGCUACACUCAUGGUGACAACCACGGCCAUUUCGAGGGUGGUGUUAAACUUGGAGUGGGAGCCUUUAAUCUAAUGAUUUCCAUGUUGCCCGCUCGGACACUGAAGCUGCUGGAGUUUGUGGGUGUCUCUGGUAACAAGGAGUUCGGUCUGCAGGAGCUUCAGGACGGCUGCGCAGAGAGCACAUUCAGGUCCUUCCUCUGUAACAUGCUGCUGCUCUGUUAUCACACCUUCAUGAGCUUCAUACUUGGAACUGGAGAAGGAGAUGUUGAAGAUGCAGAGAAACUGCUACAGCCUUAUCUCAAAAAAUAUCCCACGGGAUCCAUCUUCUUGUUCUUCGCUGGUCGAAUAGAAGAGAUCAAGGGGAACCUGGAUGCUGCUGUCGAUCGUUUCCAGGAGUGCUGUGAGGCUCAGCAGCAGUGGAAGCAGUUUCACCACAUGUGCUACUGGGAGCUGAUGUGGUGCUACACGUACAAGAGGAACUGGAAGAUGGCUUACUUCUACGCUGACCUGCUCAGCAAGGAGAACUCGUGGUCUAAGGCUACCUAUGCGUAUAUGAAAGCAGCCUACCUUAGCAUGAUGACGGAGGAUGAUUGUCUAACCUUCGGGGAGACUGCGUUGACUCUGUUCAGGCAAGUUCCAGAACUAAAGCAGAAAAUAGCCGGCAAGUCUUUACCAACGGAGAAGUUUGCGAUCAGGAAAGCCCGUCGCUAUCUCGUAGAUAACCCUAUUCCUCUUCCUGCCCCUCCAUUGGAGAUGAUGUACAUAUGGAAUGGCUACACGGUCAUUGGAAAACACAAAGACCUGACGGAGGGCAUGCUGAAAACACUGGAUGAGGCACAAGCUCAACUCGAGAACAGCCAAAGGAGUGAGUUCUCCAUGGACGAUCAGUGUCUGCUCAGCCUACUGAGGGGCUUGUGUCUCAAACACCUGGGGCACCAGGACGAGGCCGAACACUACUUUACCCUGGUCCUUUGCAAUGAGACUCAGAUCAAAUAUGACCACUACCUGGUUCCCAAUGCGCUGCUGGAGCACGGCCUGCUGUUACUGGAGAAGGGCAGAAAAGAUGAAGCGAUCAAACUACUAGAAGCAGCAAAGCAAAAUUACAAAAACUACUCGAUGGAAUCUCGGACCCACUUCCGUAUUCAGGCCGCUCUGCACAAGGCCAAGGGGGCCGCGGAAAACGGCAUCAACGUUCCCUCCAGCCCAUAACAGACAGAGGAGGGCACACAAGAGCAGCUCUCUGUCUCUGCAGUCCCACAAUGCAACACAUACUCCUGCCCAUCCAGGCAGGCAUUUGUGUUUUUCAUCAGGAGGACAUUCUUAUGUUUUCUUGUGUGUGCCACCCUCAGGGGCGACUGCAGCUCUCUGUGUUGCCCUGACCCGUUUAGCCGGGUUCUAUGUGCUCUCUUCAAGAGCUUCGUAUAUUAUGAUGAAACUCAUUUCCUCGUCUGAUUUGAAAUUGAAACAAGUUGAGAAAUGUGCCUAUAUUUAAGAAACAUUGCUUCAAGCAGGCUUAUUAGUCCGCUACUGUGGCUAACUAUCAGGAGCGCUCUAGGGUAGAAAACAAGGCUGUGUUUGUGUAGUACGUGCUGCAGAGGGCCUCCUCUCGUACCCCUGGAUAAGAAUGUGCCAAAUUCAGGGUGAUGUUGGUGUGGACCCUAAUGGAGCCAGAUUAUCAGAGGGCCCACUUUUAAUUACUGACACUAACUCCACCUGGACAGCAGCACCAUUUGGCUGCUACAAAGAAAUCCUACUUUUUUAAUUUAAUGUAAAUGAGUGAUUAUUGAUAAAUUGACCUGACUAGAUGGGAGAUGACACAUCAUUAUGUGUUGACACCAGUUAUCAUCUUAUGUUACUCGCCAAAUAUUCCAUGAAAACUACGAGACUGUUUUGUACAUUUGAUAAAUGUUUGUUGUCAGGGUUCCGAUUUUUGAUGACCUUCAUUAACACUACAUAUUCUUAGGUUCUUUGUGUUUCUAACUGCAAAUGGAAAUUUUAUUGUUUAUUCCAAGUUUUCCUCCUUUCCUCGAAACAAACGUAAACACUGAAAGACAAAAAAGUACAAUCCUGUUGUAUUUAGAGUCACGUGUAAUGGUUCUUGCAAAAAGCUUUGUAAAUCAGCAGGCUGUACAAUCUCUCCAUAGUUGUAAAACAAUGCCUAUCAGACUUGAAGCGGAGAGUUCUUCUUUACAUCUAUACACUGUAUAUGGCAUCGUUUACACAAAUUGUCCUGUUUCAAGAGGACAGAUUAAUGUGUCUUUUAGAAAGGCAGACUCCCUCAUUUUCUCCUCCUGUUGUGUGGGACAGAUUCCAACAGCACUUGAGCUUGAACAAACGGGCCAUUCACACCGAGCGGCGAGGGACUGCGUGCUUGUCUGCCUGUAGCCUCCCUUCAGUGGGUGAAGAAGCUCUGAAUGGCAAUUACCACAGUCGUCCUGCUUUGUGAACCCCCUCCGCUGCUCAUGUAUCUGCCAUGCUCGGCCAGAACCACCAAUUGAAAGACUUGGACAUCAUAACCACAGUUCUCUGUCAAAUAAUAAUGAUAAUAAUAAUCUGUACAGGAACAAGUACUUGUAAUGAUUGAAAUGAUAAAACAAAGACAGAUGACCUCUACAUGUGCUGGUGCUGAGGUUAUUUGAUGGGCGAGAAAAACCCAGAAACUCACCAUGUCUCAAGUGCUGGAAUUAGAGCAGCGCUGAUUUAUUUAUGAUCAGUGCAAAGUGUGGGAUUCAAGACGAUGACUGGGAGUCAGUUUUAAUAUUUUUAAUGGUGGAGGAAAUGUAUUCUUAUUACUAUUUCAACAACAGUUGCUCUCUGUAAUAUUCAAAUAACAUAUUGUAUUUUCUACUAA